UAUAUACUGCCCAAACUUCCCGUCAUCUCCCCCCAAAGUCACUCACCCGCACCCGCUACCUCCGAUCUCCCGCCGCCGCCGCAUCCCGUUCCCGAUCUUCCACCUGUUUCAGUCGCGAACCGUCGCGCCAACAGCGCUUUUUCGCCGCGCAUUCCAGCAGGUCACCACCGCGCCACACAACCAUACCCACUGCGCCGCCCAUUUCCGGAGAAGUACACUUGGAGCAAAUCUUGAGAGAAGAGCAAGGAGCCAAUUGUUUUCUUGGCUAUAGUCUGCUCUGUAUCACAGAUGAGAAAUUCAUAAUUCAUGUUGAGUUGGGCUUGUACUUUUAGGAGCUCUUAACUCUUGAGCCCACUUUAACGCCACAGCACGGACGGUGAUAGGGUUUUGUGGAAUUUUCUGGGAAAAAAUUUCCUAGAAAAUGGACGAUGGCAUGCAAUUGCAAAUCUCCCUUGACAAGCUACCAAUCAAGCGCUUGGAUUCUAUUGAAGAAAAUGGAAUUGAACGAUUCCCACUUGACGUGGAUUACGAUGAGAAGCGGCUCUCCCUAAUUAGGCGAAUUGACUUCGCUUGGGCUGUUGAGAAGGAUGAGGAGAAGAAGAAGAAGAAGCAGAAGAGCUCAAAGGAGACCUCAGCUCCAUGGCAAUGGCAGGGCAUGGUAGAAAAUUUGCAGUUGGCUCAUCAGGAGCUCUCUGUCAUCAUCGAUCUCAUUAACACUGUUGAAGCAAAUGAUGCAGUAACAGUGGCUAGCAUGACAAGACCAAAACUAUUACCAAAUGAAGCUUUGUCUGACCUGGCUGUAUCUGCAGCCACCAAGCUGCAAUGUUACCGUCAUGUUGGGAAAUAUUUCAAGCAAUCUGCCAAGGCUUUUGAACAACAAGUUGCUCGGGAAGCUAGGUUUUAUGGUGCCCUUAUCAGGUUGCAGCAAAAUUGGAAGGUUAAACGGCAACGACAGGCAGCUAUUGUUCCAGGGAAUGAAGGCUUCACCUUUGAUCUCUUAGAUAACUCAUAUGACCAAGCAGCUAUUAUUCGCUCAUUGUCUAUGUCCACUGUUCGAGUCAAUCAUGAUGCAGCUGGAAUGCUGGCAAUAAAUGUGUCUCCUGAUUUAUGCCAUUCUCUCCAAUUUGGUUUUGUUGGUGCACAAUCAGAUGAUACCUGGAGAAAAUCCAAUGAAAACAAAUCCCACUUUUCAGGUGAGCAUAAUUUGGGAGAAAUGGGUGAAGAGUCCUUAAGUGAUGAAGAGUGUGUUAAGAAAACGAAUUCACUCCUUCGUGAAGUACAUGAAGCAAUUUUCAAUGAACAGGUGUUUGAUCUGGUGAAUCGAGAAGCAUUUAACACAGUUGCAGGUGUCAGUGUGACUGGAAUACGGGAAAACUAUUUACAAUUAAGCUUAGGUCAAGGAACCUCUGUGUACUUAACACUUGUGUCCAAUAGUCAAGAUCAUUCUACAGUUGAAGAUGAACUCAAUGAUAAUGUAGAAAAUGCAAUUUUACCUCUGGAAUCAUCUGAUGGAAUGAAGCGUGAAGCCAAACAGAACACCUCUAAGAAAGGGCAGUUUUCUAAUUCCAUCUGCUAUGAGAUUUAUAUUCAACAGAUUUUUCAUGAACAUAUAUUUGGAAAAGGUGACGAAAAGGCAAUUUCCUCUGGAAAUCGUUUGUCUGGCGUACAGGCAAGGGAUGGAUCCAGUCUUCUUGGUCAUUUUUUUAAAUCUUUGGCUCACAGGAUAUUUUCAACUAAAGUUCUUGCAGAGCUGGAAAAUGUGGUAUGCAAGGUCCCAUAUCUACAGCUAAUUUCUAAUCCCACAUGGAAUUCUCGGGCUUCGUCAUGGACACUCUACAUGGAGGUUCCCCAAUCUAUUCUUCGUGGUAGCCAAACCAAAACAUCAGAUUAUUACGAGAAAAAUGCUGCCAAGCGUCAGUUUUGGACUAAGGUGGUGGUAAAUGAUGAUUGCAUCAACGUUAAAGCUGAAGGUUCUCCAAAUGUUGCAGGUUUGUUCAAGGGAAAGAUUGAGGAAACCCAUUCAAUAAACAAAUAUAACUGCAACUUAGCUGAUCUUCCUGUGAUUAUUCUGCAGCAGGUUGCUAGCCAAAUUAUUAAUUGGCUCUAUCAGGAAGCUAUGAUGGUUGGGAUAAAAGUAAAUCGAGACUUCUUAUGCCUAUCUUUGGAGCUGAAGCAGGGUGAAACACUUGGCCUUGUUGCAAGUGUUGAUCCAGAAGAUAGUGAAGAGUGUAUAUCUUGGUGGUUGGUCAUGGAGGACAGUUUUGCUGAGGAGCAAAAGCUUCAUAUGAGCAUCACGGAUGGUGCAUCUGAAUAUAGGAAAUUCCUAGGUCACUUGUCUCUUGAUUUGUUAUACGCAACACUGAUCGACUUGGUUGGCUUGUGCAGUGGUGGAGGCGGCCAAUGAAGUUGUGUCAAUGAAUGUUUUUCUUGCACUUUGUCAAGUGGAAGAUCUAGGAGGUCUCGUGCAACAACUGUUUUCUGUCUAUUUAUGAGAAAUAAAUGAGAAGAGAUGAAGAGAAAAAUGUUAAGGUUUUUCUUUAAAAAAAAAAAAAGAAUCUUCAGUCUGCUA